UAGGUGUUGCAAAACGCACGCUCUUCUAAUUUGUUGUUCUUUUUUGGGAGUGGUGGUUUUGGUUUUGUUUGUUAAUUAAACGCGUUUAUUUACCUUACCUUAUCUUAAGCUUAUCUACUAUUAACUAAUAAGGUAUAAUAUGAAAUCCUGGGAGAUUGCUCUGGUGGCAGUCGCCGCCAUUUACUUGUGUUCGCAAGUAAACUUUGUGACUGGACUGGAGUGCUAUGUGUGCUCCAACCAGACGGGCAACACGGAAAAGUGCCUGAACACCAUCAAGACCUGUGAACCCUUCGAGAACGUCUGCGGCACGGAGAUCCGCUGGGGAUCCCAGCCGUACUUCUCGGAGGGAGCGCUCAAGCAGUACUACGUGUCCAAGAGGUGCAUGACCAAGGAGCAGUGCCAGUCCAAGAGGAAACGUUACAUGCAGCUGUACUGCACCCACAUCUGGUACGAGGACUGGGCGUGCAACGAGUGCUGCCAGGGAGAUCGGUGCAACUACUUCGUGAUUAGUGGCGCUCCUUCGCGGCAGGCUUUGGGAGUCGGCCUGACCCUGUCCAUCACACUAUUAGGCCUGGGAUCUUGGCUCAUUCCGCGCUCUUAGCGUGUCAUGCUAUGACAUCACACGCACAUUCCGAUUUUUGUAUUAAUUUGACAGAACCGUCUAUAAGCUAAGUAGUUUCCACCGUCCAUUUAUUAAGUAGAUCGUCCAAGUGCCUUGACUCAACGUGGAGAAUUGGAAAACAAUUCCCAAAGUUUUGGGAAGUUGACUUCCCUCUCGAAUAUUUUACACUUAAAAAAAUAUGUUUUAACUUGUUUGCCCGUUUCGUUGUUUUGUACGAAUCUCAUUUUUUUGAGACAUAUCUUUAACAUUGUUUCAAAUAAGUUAUCAAAGAGACAGCUAAAAAUCUACUUUAAUGAUCGAAAAUAUGCAUAUUUAAGUCAUAACCCGAUCCAAAUCGAAUAUCACCCUGCAAUAAAGCAACUUUGACGUCUUUUUGGCGCUUUAAUA